AUGAGUGCACACGAUAGUAUCGUUAUCUUGGGAGCUGGCAUUAUCGGCCUUGAUGUUGCUCUUGUCCUGGCAGAAAGAGGUUAUGGCAAGUCCAUUACAGUCAUCGCCGAACAUCUUCCCGGCGAUACGGCACUGAACUAUACUUCCCCCUGGGCUGGCUGCAACUUCUCAGCUAUCUCGGGUACAGAUGCUAACGCCCUGAAAUGGGACAAGGCAGGAUAUUUCCAUCUGAGCAAGCUUGCUUCUGAGAGGCCAGAGCAGUCAUAUGUCAAACGAACUCCUUCGACAGAGCUUUGGGACGAUAAUGUUCCCCGUGACAAGAUCCAGGCAAUGUCUGAGUAUCUAGAAGACUUCGAAGAACUGCCAACCUCUGAACUGCCCGAGGGCGUCAAGUUUGCUGUCUCAUUCACUACCCUCACUGUCAAUGCGCCCAAGCAUCUUCUCUAUCUCUAUGAGAGAUUGAAGAAGGACUAUGGUGUUCGCUUUGUUCGCCAGAAGCUUCCGGAUCUUCAGACUGCAUUCUUUAGCCAGUUUACCCAGAUUGUGUUCAAUUGUACUGGCAACGCUGCGCGAAAGUUGCCAGGAGUUGAGGACCCCAAGUGCUACCCCACUAGAGGACAGGUCCUGUUGACUCAUGCGCCCGAGGUUCACACGAACAUCAUGAGACAUGGUAAAGAUUACGAGACAUACGUCAUCCCCCGCCCGUUUUCCAAGGGACACGUAAUUCUCGGAGGUUACAUGCAAAAGAGGAACGGUGACGGGGCCACCUACUCGUACGAAACAGAGUCCAUCUUGGAGCGCACCAAGGAACUCAGUGACGAAGUCAGGAGUGGAAGUCUAGAUGUUCUCGCAGCUUUCUCUGGCCUUCGUCCGUCCCGCGAAGGUGGCGCUCGAGUCGAGAGAGAGGAUUUGGUUGUUGCAGGACAAAAUCGCACAGUGGUUCACAACUAUGGUGCUGGUGGCACUGGGUUCCAAGCCGGUUAUGGCAUGGCCCUAGAUGCCGUUCGUGCCGCUGAGCCUGUUUCGUCCAAGCUUCAGACCGAACUCAAGUCGAAGCUGUGA